AUGGAUGCCGUCAAUCUUCGUCGCAAGGAUACCACCAAGGGUCCUCCCUUGAGGAUCCUGUCCCUUGAUGGCGGGGGUGCAAGGCCCCCGCGACGCGAUCAAAUCCCCAAACCCUGCGACCAUUUCGACCUCAUCGCUGGCACCGGCACCGGCGGCUUGAUUGCGCUCAUGUUAGGUCGCCUACGCCUCGACCUGGAAACAUGCAAGGAAGUCUACGUGCGCAUGACCCGUCGGGUCUUCGAAACAGACAAGACGAUCGCCGGCAUUCCCUAUCGCUCUACGCUGUUCAAGGCUUCGAAACUGGAACAGGCCAUCCGCGAGUGUGUCCGAGAACACACGGUCUUCGAGGCCGAGGGCAACGACAUGUCCCCUGGCGCCGGCGCCCGCACUUCGAUUGCCAGUGCCCCGUUCAGUCCCAGUCCCAUUCCCCAGCGGUCGGGAAGCCGCGCCAGCUUCAGCACCAGUACGUCCCAUUCCUCCACCGCCGCCAGCCAGCGGAAUUCAACAUUUAUUAACGGCCUCCGGUGGGGAAAUCCGGAUGCGCUAUUGUAUGAUAAUCGGGAGUAUCGGACCAAGACUGCGGUUACGGCAUUAUACAAAGGCACAACCCGCCAGGGGUCUGCCGUGCUCCUACGAUCCUACGACUCUCGCAAAGAACCGCCCCCCGAGUUCAACUGUACGAUCUGGCAAGCCGGUCGGGCGACGUCGGCGACCGGGCUCGCGUUCAAACCCAUCCAGAUCGGCCAACACGUCUUCAUCGACGAAGGGGUCGGAACGUACAAUCCGGCGCCGCAAAUUCUCGACGAAGCCACCGUCAACGAGUGGCCUGGAAGGGAGGUCGGGGCGUUCAUCAGCGUGGGGACGGGCCGGCGUCCAUCCGGCACGAAUAACCGGCAGCAUGAGUGGUGGGAGGAUUUCUUCGGGGAUUCACUGGGCACCUUCGCGGAAGCCCGACGGCGACUGAUCGCCAAGAUCGAAGGGUGUGAGGAGAUUCACAAGGACAUGCUGCGCGAUCAUCUGGCCCGGCGCAAUGUGAACAAGGACAAUUACUACCGGUUGAAUGUCGAGGUCGGCGUGGGCGAGUUUGGCAUGAACGAAUGGAAUCGGCUGGCCGACAUCAGCACCAACACCCGUCGCUACCUGACCCGACCGGAGGUGAAGAAACAGAUCCUCGAUGCGGGCGUCAAGUUCGCCAAGAUCGAGCGCAUGCACCAGCGAUUGGCGGCGCACGAGGCGGCGGGACACGACCUGGCCGUAUUUCAAGACGAUGACAGUUCCAUAUAUAUCCAGAGUCCCCAGCUAUCGGUGCCUCCGCCGUCGAAACCGUUCGCGGUGGAAUUACCCGCCGAACUCCCUACCGACUUUCCCAUGCGACCGCCAUCAGGGCCUCCUCCUCCUCUGCCCACUGACACUGUCAUGCCGUCACCCGCGCGGGGAUCCGGUAGCGAUCUGGGCAGCUUCAGCCCCAGCGAGGUGAGCCGACCGGGAUCGCAGCAGUAUGGAUCGCCACGACAGAGCCUGGACCAGGUUGUCGAACACGGACCGCCACCGGUGCCGCCCAAGACGCCAAUCCCCUAUCCCAUGGACCAGGUGAGCGAGCUGGGAGGGAUCCCGAUGCCCAUGCCGUUGAUGGGGUCGCACAGUCCGGGGCGAAAUGGCAAAGUGCGACCGCCGUAUCCGGUGGAUGAACCUCCGGUGGUGAACAAGCAGCGGAAGCCCAGUUAUCAUCUGCGGUGA